AUGGCUCAGGAGAUGCUGCUGCUGCUGCUGCUGCUCCCCAGGCUGUGGCAAGAGUCUUUGGCUGAGGAAUCAGAAUAUGGAAUUAAAAUGCAGCAGUCGGUGACAGCACAGGAAGGAUUGUGUGUCUUUGUGCCCUGCUCCGUUUUCUACCCUUGGAAUUCCCAGAAACGAUCCGACCCAGCUUAUGGCUACUGGUACUACCAUGGAGCUGACACUGGCAAGGAUGCUCCGGUGGCUACAAACAACCCCAAAAAAGCAGUGCAGAAGGAGACCAAGGGCAGAUUCCAGCUCAGCGGGGACCCUCGGGCCUACAACUGCUCUCUGAGCAUCACAGAUGCAACUAAGGCGGACACUGGGUCUUAUUUCUUUAGAGUGGAGAGAGGUUAUGAUGUGAAACACAACUUCCGAGGACAGAAUCUGUUCCUGAGUGUGACAGCCCUGACCCACACACCUGAGAUCCAGGUCCCAGAGAUGCUGAAGUCUGGGCACCCGGGAAGUGUGAUCUGCAGCGUACCGUGGGCCUGUGAGAGGGGCACCCCCCCAAGCUUCUCGUGGAAAGGAGCUGCCUUCCCCUCCACAGUCCGUGAGCACCACCGGGCCUCCGUACUGUCCUUCACCCCACAGUCACGUGACCAUGGCUCCACCCUCACCUGCCAGGUGGCCUUCCCCAGUGUUCGUGUAACGGUCAGGAGAACCAUACAGCUCAAUGUCUCCUAUGCUCCACCCUCAGUGAACCUCACCAUUUUUUUGAGAAACUACACAGUCCCAAUGAUCAUGAGCAAUGGCACAUCACUGCCUGUCAUAGAGGGCCAGUCCCUGCGCCUGGUCUGCAUGGCUGGUGGUAACCCUCCUGCCUCCCUGAGCUGGUCAUGGAAGAGAAGGGACCAGAGUUCCUCUCAGAUCUCAGCAUCUGGGGUCCUUGAGCUGUCCCCUGUACGAGCUGAGGAUGAAGGAGAACUUACAUGCCAAGUUCAUCACCCUCUGAGCUACCAGCAUUUUUCUUUGAACCUCUAUGUUCAGAGAAGAUCAUCCUCUUACCUGUGUGCAGCUGAGAAGCAGGAUGACUCCUGGCCCCUGUUCCUCACCAUCAUCAGAGCGACUGCCAUGGGAGCCGGCUUCCUCCUCACCUAUGUAGUCACCUGGGCCUACUACACCAGGUGUGGCCAGGCCCCAAAACACAAGAGAGUGAAGCGUUCCAGACCCCCUCCUUCUGCUUCUGGACCGAGCCGUAGACACAUAGACCCAGUGUACAGCUGUGGGGACAGUCCUGGCAGUACUUCCCUGGAAAUUCUCAAAUCACACCACCAAUGACCAUUGGAGCCCAUCUUCAAGACCUGGUCCCUGUGUCCCACAUCCAGUCCUCAGACCAGUACCAGACACUGGGGACUUGUCAAAUUGUCAGUCCAAAGUAUCCUUGUUAAAAGCUUUUGUGAAUAGGGGGAGGAGGGUUUGAAGGGUGGGGAAGGGGGUGUGAAAUAUCAAAUUAUAUCAUGUACAAUAAGAUUCUCAAGGUGAAUAUGAUCAUUAACAUACCAGUCAGGCCAGCGAGAUAGCUCAGAGGUCUAAAGUGCCUACUUAGGCAAGCUUAGGCAAUGCAGAGACUGCG